GUGCGACACAAGGGAUUAAUGGCUGCAGUCAACGUACAGAUCUCCUCUCAUUGUUUACAUUUCGAAACGAGAUGGGAAGUUAGUCUUCAUCUUUUUCUUGGUUUUCCUGCGCUCGGAUACCAGAGAUAACCAAAUGACUGAGGAGGUAUAGCGACCGGGGAGCCUAAAGGCCGGACAAAAUCUUCAAUUGAGGAGCAUCGCAGGGGUUCACAAUGUUUAGUUUAACUCAAAGCUCCAAGUCUGAGUUCCUGGACAAAGCCAGGCAGGCCAGGGAGGAAAGGAAGGGACAUAAGGACAAGGAGAAAUCAGCAAUCCACAUCCAAGCCCUGGUCAGGAGAUUUCUCUGUCGCUGCAGACUCCAGAAGCAAAUAAGGCAAGACGUUGAUGACUAUUUCCAAGCUUCUGAAACUGGGACAUCAAAAAAAAAUGCACUUUCAAUUUUCAAAAUCGCUCGGAAAUUACUAUUUGUAUAUCGGCCAGAGGAUAAGGUGAGGUUUGAGAAGCUCUGUCGUGCAAUCCUUGCCAGCAUGGAGGUCGAAAAUGAACCCAAAGUCUGGUAUGUUUCCUUGGCUCUCUCCAAAGACCUCACCAUUCCCUGGCUCAAACAGAUAAAAGAUGUGCUGUGGAUCUGCUGUCAACUACUGAAGAAAUUAAAGCCUGACAUACUUCAGGACAACAAAAUGAUAACGCUGUACCUCAGCAUGCUGGUGACCUUCACAGACACUUCAACCUGGAGGAUAGUCAGAGGGAAGGGUGAAGCUCUCAGACCCGCUUUGAUGAGGAUUUGUGAAAAUAUCAUGGGCCAUCUCAAUCAAAAGGGAUUCUAUUCAAUACUGCAGAUCUUGUUGACAAACGGCUUGGCUCGAACUAAACCAUCUCUCUCCAAAGGCACCCUCACAGCUAUUUUCUCUUUGUCAUUAAGGCCGGUCAUUGCAGCUCACUUCUCUGAUAACCUGCUAAGAUCAUUCCUCCUUCACAUCAUGUCAGUACCUGCUGUCGUGUCUCACCUCAGUGUGCUUACUCCAGAGUGUAUGGCGUCCAUGCAGACACAUGACCUGCUGCGGAAGUUCAUUCUGUUUCUCAGCCGGGAGGAACAGUGUUUGGACAUCUGUGUGUGUCUGGAGGGCCACACACUUUGCCUACUUGGCAACCUGAUUCACUUGGGCUUCUUUAAUGAGAAAGUCCUUGAAGAGGAGGCCAACCAUUUUGUGAAGGACCUGACGGACAUGCUGUCCUACUGUCAGAGAUAUGUAUCCCAAAAGAAGUCCAAUCUCACCCACUGGCACCCUGUCUUGGGCUGGUUCUCCCAAACCGUAGAUUACGGUCUGAAUGAGUCAAUGCCGCUGGUGACUAAACAGCUUCAGUACCUGUGGGGCGUUUCUAUUAUUCGGACCCUCUUCAGCGACGUCCUCGCUAAAAAGCUGGAGAGUCAAGAGCCCACUCCUCCACCCCCGCAGCCUAGCACAUCGCAAAACAAUCUACCAGUUAAAAACCUCUUCAAGCGAGCAUUUCAGAAGUCUGCUUCAGUACGAAACAUCCUGAAACCAGUGGGAGGAAAGCGAGUGGACUCAGCUGAAGUUCAGAAGGUGUGCAGCAUCUGUGUGCUUUACCAGACGGCUCUGUCGACACUAACGCAAAUACGACUCCAGAUACUCACCGGUCUGACACAUCUUGAUGAACUAUUGCCCAAACUUUGGGCCUUCAUUUGUGAGCUCGGUCCUCAGGGAGGCCUCAAACUCUUCAUGGAGUGUCUGAACAACGACACUGAGGAGUCCAAGCAGCUCCUGGCUAUGCUCAUGCUCUUCUGUGACUGCUCCCGGCACCUGAUCACAAUUCUGGAUGACAUUGAAGUGUAUGAAGAACAAACAUCUUUCAAGAUCGAAGAACUCCUCACCAUCUCCUCAUUUCUGAACACAUUUGUGUACAAGAUGGUAUGGGAUGGUAUCUUAGAAAAUGCUAAGGGAGAGAAGCUGGAGUUGUUCCACAGUGUCCAUGGCUGGUUGAUGGUGCUGUAUGAACGGGACUGCAGGCGAAAAUUCACCCCUGAUGACCACUGGCUACGCAAGGACCUCAAGCCAAGCCUCUUGUUUCAAGAGCUCGAGAAAGGCAAGAAAAGAGCCCAGCUUUUACUGCAGUACAUCCCACAUGUCAUUCCUCAUAAAAACAGAGUGCUGCUGUUCAGGAACAUCGUUACCAAGGAAAAAGAAAGUUUAGGAUUGGUGGAAACAAGUUCUGCUUCACCACAUGUCACCCAUAUUACCAUUCGUCGCUCACGGAUGUUGGAGGAUGGAUAUGACCAGCUCCGCAGAUUACCGGCAAACUCCAUAAAAGGCGUCAUUCGUGUGAAGUUUGUCAAUGAUCUGGGAGUAGACGAGGCUGGCAUCGAUCAGGAUGGUGUGUUCAAAGAGUUUCUAGAGGAGAUCAUUAAGAAAGUGUUCAAUCCUGCCCUCAACCUGUUCAAAACUACGAGUGGAAACGAAAGGCUGUAUCCUUCGCCCACAUCCUACAUCCAUGAAAACCAUCUGCAGCUGUUUGAGUUUGUGGGGAAGAUGCUCGGGAAAGCCAUAUAUGAGGGAAUCGUUGUGGACGUCCCUUUUGCCUCCUUCUUCCUCAGUCAGGUCAUGGGUCACCACCACAGCACUUUCUACAGCUCCAUCGAUGAGCUGCCCUCCCUGGACUCUGAGUUUUACAAAAACCUCACUUCUAUCAAGCGCUACGAUGGAGAUAUAGGCGAUCUUGGACUGACACUAUCUUAUGACGAGGAUGUUAUGGGACAGCUCGUGUGCCAUGAAUUGAUACCUGGGGGGAAAACCAUGACAGUGACUAAUGAAAACAAAAUCAGCUACAUUCACCUCAUGGCUCACUUCCGGAUGCACACGCAGAUUAAGGAGCAAACAGCAGCAUUCAUUCGGGGUUUCCGCAGCAUCAUUAACCCAGAGUGGCUGCACAUGUUUUCCACACCUGAGGUUCAGCGUCUGGUCUCGGGAGACAAUGCCGAGAUUGAUCUUGAUGACCUCAAGAAACACACGGUCUACUAUGGAGGUUUUCACAGCAGCCACCGGGUCAUCAUCUGGCUGUGGGACAUCCUGUCCAGUGACUUCACUGCUGAAGAGAGGGCGAUGUUUCUUAAAUUUGUUACCAGCUGCUCCAGGCCACCACUUCUCGGUUUUGCCUACCUCAAACCACCUUUCUCCAUCCGUUGUGUGGAAGUUUCAGAUGAUCAGGACACCGGAGACACCCUUGGCAGUGUUCUUAGGGGCUUUUUUACAAUACGCAAGAAGGAGCCUGGUGGUCGACUUCCCACUUCAUCAACAUGCUUCAACCUGCUCAAGUUGCCCAACUACAGCAAGAAGAGCAUCUUGCGCGACAAACUGCGCUACGCUAUCAGUAUGAACACAGGCUUUGAGCUCUCCUAACUCAUUUGAAUCAAGACAAUCUUCACAGGAGAGCUGUGUUCAGCAGCCUGGGCUGAGUAAGAGGCUCAGGAAACCUGGACUGGAGCCUGUCCAGUCAAAGGGGGAUCAAAUACACAUGGAGAAUCUAUACCUUUCCUUUUGUCUCUAUUGAUAACUGGAUGUGCUCUGCUCUACAUCAGCCCACUCCCUCUCAUCGAAAGGGAUGCUGUUCCUGCAACACAAUCCAAUUGUUAGCAUCCCCCUUUUCCACUCCCAAAAUUGAAUAUCUGGUGUAUUUAACUUGAUGAAGUACAGAUAUACAGUGGCUGGAUCUCUGUUUCUCAGGCCUAACAGAAUCACAUUUGGAUCUAACACUCCCUUUUUAGGCGGGCCGGAAAGCAAUACAGACUCAAUGCAAGCCAUUAUACCCGUGGUGGACUCACUCGAGGGAAACCUAGCAAUGCAUUGUUAAUAUACUUACAAGCUUGGACUCCAUUAUCCAAGCAACUUUUAGCCGAUAUUGGAUGAGUCUUAAAAUAUUUUGCUGAACAUAAUGCAUCUUUUAUAAAAAGGAAGACAAAUCAGUGUCUUGUGUUCGACCUCAACAAAGGAGGAAUGGCUCACAGCUGUGUUGAUUACAUUAUGCCCCAUUUUCGAGGAAAAUCAUUUUGACCUCACUCCAUUUCCCCCCACUUAAAGACGCCACAGCCAUCUGAGAGAGACAUUGGCCCUCUGUUUUUUAUGAUCUCAUCUGAAAAUCUAACAUCAGUCUCUGUUCUGGUGAAGCAGCAGAAUUUCUUGAAAAACACAAACAAAAGAUUGGAUUCCUGUUGUCAGAUUUAGAAAAGAUGUCCUUGCUGUAGCUUUUUACUUUUGAGUAAAAAAAGAAACUGGAAAUGUUUGGGCAGUAUUUAUAUCUGCCUAGUAAAGCAGACACCGCUGUUUAUUGUCACACAUCUGUAUUUGACCUCUACUCCUACAAAAUGAGGAGUACAGUUAAUAAAUGUAAGUCUUCAUACUUAAUAAUAGUAAAACUGAAGAAAUCUCACUAUACCUUUUUAGUAACGCUGAGUGCCUCAUAUAACGUCAUCGUCAUUGCUCUCUUAUUUUAACCAACUACCACAUAUAUCGGAAACAAGCCAUAAAAAAUGGGGGCUAUAUACCUGGACUUAUUCUCUGCUACUACUAACUAAAAAGCGAAAAAACCAACCACUGCAACAACAACAACAACAACAACAACAACCACCACCAAGGAGGGUUUCAAUGCGAUGUCCUCUGAUCUUCUUGAGCCAUGUGGAAAAAUAGUCUGGGGUUUAAAAACCUCUCAACAUGAUGUCAUGGACCGGUUUGAUAACCAAAAUGUGACUGCUCGAUUUGAUGCUCCCUGGAAUUGUUGCACACCUGGGACCUUAUCAGCCUAAAUAUUACUUUACACAGGGUUCAAUUAGAUCAUUAGUCAUUUACCAGAAAAUAAACUGCAACUUUCAAGGAAAGUGUGACAAAAGAAAAAAAAAUCUAAUCUUUUCCAAGUUCUUUAUUAUGCAAAAAGUGUUAUGUGUCCUGAAAGAGUAUUGAUACUUGUUAAUGAGUAACACAAGUUUUAGAAUAUGAGGGUCAUGUUUCUAACUAGUAAUACCAUGCCCAAUAACUUGUGUGGACAUUUUAAAAAAGUGAUACAAAUAAUUAUAUAUAACACUGGUUGUACUGAACUUACCUGCAGUCUAAUGAGAUUUACUAUUGUAGAUCUGACAUCUGCCAGGAGGAUCUUACUCCAGCUUUUCUCCUUUUAAUCUGUUCUAGCGUUAAGUGGAAACACUGCGAAUGGAUUUACACAACAUGCUAAACUUGAGCGUGUGCAGGAGAGAUGAAAGAUACCUCACAAGCUUGUCUGUCUCGUGAUGAGGUCGCUCAUCUGUUUUAAAAUGAUGUCAAGAGUAGGUUAUACUUUAAAUGUACCAGUGGACUGCUGAUGCUGACCUUUGACUAUCUGCUCUUUUACUACUAAAAUAAUAAAAGUAACCUGGAAAUGUC